GUCUACUUGUUUUAGUCAUCAGUCUUGUUUGUGAAGUGAAAGAGUCAACACGGUUUUGAAAAUCUGCUCCCGAUUAUUCAUUAAUUUACUGUUGAAAUACCAAAAAAUAAAAAAUAUAAACAUGGCAGUAAGUCGUUUGUCGAUUGGAAAAUUUUUGGAAUUGAUCAUCACAAUCACGUGCUUGGUUCUCCACUAUAAAUCUCUUCACGAAUCUGAUCCUCAAACUAUAGUUUUGAGUUCCGGGACUUUCGUGGGAUACACAGUGAUUUUGGUGGGCUUGUUUGCAGGAUAUAUUCUCAGCACACCAAUCAACAAGCGCAUUGAUAUUUUCUUCAGUUUGAUCGGAUGUGCUCUGUUCAUUGCCACUGGUGCCCUGAUUUUGAGAGAUUGGGACAAUGGAUUCCAUUCAGUCGUCAAUAGUGAAACCCACAAAUUGGCUAUGUGGAAAGCUUGGUUAUCCAUUGUCAAUGGUGUUUUGUUCUUCUUGGAUGUUAUAUUCACUUUCCGCGAUUAAAAGUUAUAUAUUAGCAUUGUAAUAACAUAAAAAAUGCUUAAAAAGCACACAUAAAUUAGAUUCCUUACACUGCUAAUCAUAAAAUGUCCAUGUCAUAAACAGUUUUAAUUUCAGUUGAAUAAAGUGUCGUAAUGAAACAAUAGA